AUGAGCGAUCUACCAAUUGAAUUCACAGAAUUGGCUGAUCUUACGUCCUUGGGUAUCUCCCCUCAGUCCCUGGACUUUAGGUCAACCACUUUUGAAAGUGACCACUAUGUCACCGUUAGAGAGGUCCAAAACGGCGCCAAUUCGGUCGCCAUUAUUGAUUUGGCUAACGGUAAUCAAGUAACAAGGAAAAACAUGGGUGGUGAUUCAGCCAUAAUGCAUCCCUCGCAAAUGGUCAUAUCGGUGCGGGCUAAUGGCACAAUUGUUCAAAUCUUCAACCUGGAGAACAAAUCAAAGUUAAAAUCGUUCACUUUGGAUGAACCGGUCCUUUUCUGGAAGUGGUUGGAUGAUGAGACGUUAGGUUUCGUUACCGCAAGAUCGAUCAUGACAUGCGACGUUUUCGAUGGGAAUGUCAAUGGCAAGCCUGUAUUGUUGACCCAACGGCACGUAAGCUUGAACAAUACUCAGAUCAUCAAUUUUGUUUCGAACAAAAAGAAGGACUGGUUUGCCGUUGUUGGUAUUCUCCAGGAUAAUGGCCGCAUCGCAGGUAAGAUUCAGCUAUAUUCAAAGCAGCGUAACAUCUCCCAAGCGAUUGAUGGUCACGUCGCUAUGUUCGCAAGCAUUCUUUUGGAUGGAAAUGCUGCACCAGUGCAAGUAUUUGUUACUGGUAAUAGAAGCGUAACUUCAAGCGCAGGUGAGCUGAGGAUUAUUGAGAUCGAUCACGAUAAUUCUCUACCUACUACCUAUCAAAAGAAGAAUGUUGAGAUCUUCUUUCCUCCCGAUGCAACAAAUGACUUCCCAAUUGCGGUACAAAUCUCAGAAAAAUACGGGGUUAUCUACCUACUGACCAAAUAUGGGUUCAUUCACUUAUAUGAAUUAGAGACCGGUACAAAUCUUUUCGUCAAUAGAAUUACGGCGGAGUCCGUUUUCACUGCUACUUCAUACGACAAUAAGAACGGUAUUGCAUGUAUCAACAAAAAGGGUCAGGUGUUGGCCGUUGAGAUAGCCACCACUCAGAUCGUGCCAUACAUUCUGAAUAAGCUGUCAAAUGUUUCAUUAGCUCUAACUGUGGCUUCUAGAGGUGGUCUACCAGGUGCAGAUGAUCUUUUUCAAAAACAGUUUGAUUCAUUGCUAAAUCAAGGAGAUUAUCAAAAUGCUGCAAAGAUUGCGGCAUCUUCGGAUCAGCUUAGAAACCAAAACACAAUCAAUAGAUUGAAAAACGUUCAAGCAGCUCCAGGAGCUAUAUCCCCAAUCCUGCUGUAUUUUUCAACCCUUUUGGACAGAGGUAAGCUGAAUAAAUAUGAAACGAUCGAGUUAGCAAAACCAGUACUACAACAAGACAGAAAGCAACUAUUCGAAAAAUGGCUGAAAGAAGAUAAACUUGAAUGCUCCGAAGAACUAGGUGAUGUUGUCAAACCAUUUGAUGUCACUCUAGCUCUUGCUUGUUACUUGAGGGCUAACUCUCAUGCUAAAGUGGUUUCAUGUUUAGCAGAAUUGCAGCAGUUUGAAAAAAUUGUUCCAUACUGUCAAAAAGUCAACUUUCAGCCAAACUUCCUCGUCCUUAUCUCUUCCCUAAUAAGAUCUUCUCCAGAUCGGGCGUCUGAGUUUGCGAUUUCUCUAUUGCAAAAUGCCGAAACAGCCUCACAGUUAGAUAUCGAGAAAAUUGCAGAUCUUUUCUUCUCACAGAACUAUAUCCAGCAAGGUACCUCUCUUCUUUUGGAUGCUUUGAAGGGCGACACGCCGGAUCAAGGCCAUUUACAAACGCGGGUGCUAGAGGUAAACCUGCUACAUGCACCUCAAGUUGCUGAUGCCAUUCUUGGGAAUAACAUCUUCUCCCACUAUGAUAAGCCUACCAUUGCCUCGCUUUCAGAAAAGGCUGGUUUGUAUCAGAGGGCUUUGGAAAACUACACAGACAUAAGAGACAUCAAAAGAUGCAUUGUUCACACAAGCGCUUUGCCCAUUGAUUGGCUUGUGGCAUAUUUUGGGAAGCUGAACGUCGAGCAGUCGCUAGCUUGCUUAAGAGCUUUGUUGGAUAACAAUCUGCAGGCUAACAUGCAGAUUAUUGUUCAAGUUGCUACAAAGUUUUCAGAUUUGAUCGGUUCCUCCGUUCUAAUCAAGCUUUUUGAAGAAUUUAAAGCAACGGAAGGGCUCUAUUACUAUCUUGCGUCACUCGUCAACUUGACAGACGAUAAAGAUAUUGUUUACAAAUACAUCGAGGCCGCCGCUAAAAUGAACCAGUUCAAGGAAAUCGAGAGAAUCGUCAAGGACAACAACGUCUAUGAUCCAGAAAGAGUGAAGAACUUUUUAAAGGAUGUUCGAUUGGAAGACCAAAUACCAUUAAUAAUCGUUUGCGACCGUUUCAACUUCGUCCACGAAUUAGUGCUGUACUUGUACAAGUCGCAUAACAUGAAAUUUAUUGAGGCGUAUGUGCAGCAAGUUAACCCAUCAAGAGCUCCUCAGGUCGUGGGUGCUUUGCUUGAUGUUGAUUGUGAUGAGAAAUUCAUCAAGGAUCUCUUGCAAUCUGUUCUAGGUCAAGUUCCGAUAAACGAGCUAACUGAUGAAGUAGAAAAGAGAAAUAGGUUGAAGAUCCUGUUGCCCUUCCUAGAAGGUACUUUGUCGCAAGGUGUUCAAGACCAAGGUGUGUAUAAUGCUUUGGCCAAGAUCUACAUUGACUCAAACAAUUCUCCAGAAAAGUUCUUGAAGGAGAAUGAUCAAUAUGACACAAUUAAUGUCGGUCGUUACUGUGAAAAAAGAGAUCCGUAUUUGGCUUAUAUUGCUUAUGAAAAGGGUUCGAAUGAUGGAGAUUUGGUCAGAAUCACUAAUGAGAACAGCAUGUACAAAUAUCAAGCCAGGUACUUAUUGAAACGCUCUGAUCCGAAUUUGUGGAACGCUGUUCUAUCAGAUGACAAUAAUCACAGGUCGCAGUUGGUAGACGCCGUCAUUGCAGUUGGAAUUCCGGAGUUGACCGACCCAGAACCUGUUUCUUUGACAGUCCAAGCUUUUAUGGCCAAUGGCCUCAAGUUGGAGUUGAUCGAGCUAUUGGAGAAAAUAAUUCUCGAGCCAUCACCUUUCAGUGAUAAUGUGGCAUUGCAAGGUCUUUUAUUAUUGUCAGCAAUCAAGUACGAACCAACUAAGGUGGCCAGUUACAUCGAAAAGCUAGAAAACUACGAUGCCGAUGAAAUCGCCCCACUAUGUAUCGAGAACGGGUUGAAUGAGGAAGCUUUUGAAAUAUAUCAGAAGCAUGCGAAGCACGACAAAGCUUUGAAGGUUUUAGUCGAGAAUGUUAUGUCUUUGGAUAGGGCUCAGGAAUACGUUGAUAAGAUCAACAGUCCCGAGCUUUGGUCUCAACUCGGAACUGCCCAGUUGGAUGCCUUGCAAGUUUCUGCUGCUAUCGAAUCAUACAUUAGGGCUGAAGAUCCGUUCAACUAUGAGAACGUCAUUGAGGUUGCUGAACAGGCCGGGAAUUUCGAAGAAUUGAUCCCAUAUUUGAUCAUGGCAAGAAAGACUUUGAAAGAGCCCAAAAUUGAUGGUUCUCUUAUCUUGGCGUAUGCUGAAUUGGGCAAAGUUCAUGAGAUUGAGAACCUGCUUUCAACCUCAAACGUUGCAAACCUGGAGCAAGUUGGUGACAAACUGUUAGAGAAUCAGGAUUAUAAAGCCGCUAAGUUGUGCUAUUCGAGUGUCUCAAAUUACUCUAAACUGGCUUCAACUUUGGUUUUCCUGGAGGAUUAUCAGGCUGCCGUUGACACAGCAAGGAAAGCAUCCAACAUAAGAGUGUGGAAAUUUGUCAAUGCGGCUUGUAUCAAAAAGAAGGAAUUUAGAUUGGCCCAGAUUUGUGGCUUAAAUCUAAUUGUGCAUGCUGAGGAGCUUGAUGAAUUAGUUGAAAUUUAUGAAUCCGGUGGGUAUUUUGAGGAACUCAUCUCCUUAUUUGAAGCCGGUCUUGGUCUUGAAAGAGCUCAUAUGGGUAUGUUUACCGAGUUGGCUAUUCUUUACUCCAAAUAUGAACCAAAAAAAACAUUUGAACAUUUGAAACUGUUCUGGUCGAGAAUUAACAUACCAAAAGUCAUCAGAGCUGUGGAGGAUGCGCAUCUGUGGGAUGAACUUGUUUUCUUGUAUGCUCACUAUGACGAAUGGGAUAACGCCGCUUUAACUAUCAUCGAGAAGUCUGCGGACAAUUUGGAUCAUUCUUAUUUCAAGGAGGUCAUCGUGAAGGUCUCGAAUUUAGAAAUCUACUACAAAGCUAUCAACUUCUACGUGACAGAACAUCCAUCCCUUCUAGUCGAUCUAUUAGCUGUAUUGUCCCCAAGAUUGGACAUUCCUAGAACAGUAAGGAUAUUCUCCAAGUCCGACAAUCUGCCAUUGAUCAAACCUUUCUUGAUCAACGUAUUGCCGAAGAAUAACUCCGUUGUGAAUCAAGCCUACCACGACCUGAUGAUUGAGGAAGAAGACUACAAAGCUCUACAGAGUGCUGUCGACUCAUUCGAUAAGUUUGACCAACUAGGUCUCGCUGCAAGACUCGAAUCUCAUGAUAUUAUUUUCUUUAAGAAGAUUGCCGCAUUGUUGUACCGCAGGAACAAAAAAUGGGCCAAGAGUUUGGCAAUUCUGAAAAAUGAAAACCUAUGGAAAGAUGCCAUCGAAACUGCCGCUAUUUCCGGAGACGCUAAAGUUGUGGAAGAUUUGUUAGUAUAUUUUGUUGAGCAAGACAACAAGGAGGCCUUUAUUGCUUUACUAUACACUGCAUACAACCUGGUCAGAUAUGAAUUUGUGCUGGAGCUCUCAUGGCUACAUUCAUUGGAAGAUUUUAUCAAACCUUACGAGAUAUCUGUCAAGAAAGAGCAGUAUGACACGAUUGAAAAGCUCUCUAAAAAGCUAGCCAGCGAAUCGGUUGAUUCGGAGGGCACUGAAGGACAACCAUUAAUGUUGACAAAUGGCUCGUUGGGUUUUCAGCAAACAGGUUUUUAA